AUGGCUGCCCCUCCUAAACCAAACAACCACCGUGCUUGGUGGAAGGAGUCCUCUGUCUAUCAGAUUUGGCCUGCUUCCUUCAAAGACUCGAACGAUGAUGGCAUUGGAGACAUCCCGGGUAUUAUUUCAAAGCUCGACUACAUCAAAGACCUUGGGGUGGAUAUUGUUUGGCUAUGUCCAUCAUACAAGUCGCCUCAGAUCGACAUGGGGUACGAUAUCGCCGACUAUUACAGCAUCGCAGAUGAGUAUGGCACGGUCGCAGACGUGGAGAAACUGAUCAAGGGCUGCCAUGACCGCGGAAUGAAACUUCUGAUGGAUCUGGUCGUCAACCACACGAGUGACCAGCAUGAGUGGUUCAAGCAAUCUCGGAGCUCGAAAGAUAAUGAGUAUCGGAACUGGUAUGUCUGGAAGCCUGCCCGUUACGAUGAGCAAGGCAACCGGCACCCUCCCAAUAACUGGGUUUCACAUUUCCAAGGGAGUGCGUGGCAGUGGGACGAGCACACUCAGGAGUACUAUCUCCAUUUGUACGCCGUCGAGCAGCCCGAUCUGAACUGGGAACAUCCGGCAGUCGUUGAGGCUGUCCACAAGAUCAUUCGCUUCUGGCUUGAAAAGGGCUGCGAUGGUUUCCGUAUGGACGUGAUCAACUUCAUUAGCAAAGACCUCCGAUUCCCCGAUGCUCCAAUCAAGGACCCCCGCACUCCUUGGCAAUGGGGUGACAAAUGGUACGCGAACGGACCACGACUGCACGAGCGCCUCAAGGGUAUUGGAUCAAUCCUGAAGGAAUAUGAUGCCUUCAGCGUGGGUGAAAUGCCAUUUGUUAAAGAUGAGGAAGAGGUGCUUCGCGCGGUCCAGUUUGACCGUGGAGAACUGAACAUGAUCUUCAACUUUGAGCAAGUCGAUAUUGACCACGGUCCAUUGGGGGAUAAGUUUGAGCCCGGCAGCUGGAAACUGACCGAUCUCAAGAAAUUUUACGAGCGAUGGCAGACAUUCAUGUAUGCUCAUGAUGGCUGGAAUGCUUUAUACUGGGAGAACCAUGACCAGCCACGAUGCAUUGAUCGCUAUACACAUGCGCCCGAGGAGUAUCGCAAUGUUGCAUCAAAGAUGCUGGCUGUCGCACUGGCUUUGCAGUCGGGAACCCCUUUUGUGUAUCAAGGACAGGAGAUCGGCAUGCGAAAUAAGGAAACCACGCCUAAUGAUCCCAGAAUUCGACAAGAGAGACCCGAUGACAAAGAAGGCCAUGCAAUCGCUCUUCAGGAGUAUCAGAAGAAGUCGCGGGACAAUGCGCGCACUCCAGUCCAGUGGUCAUCUGCUCCCAACGGGGGCUUCACCGGACCAAACGUCAAACCCUGGAUGUCAGUGAAUCCGGACUUUGAGCGAGUCAAUGCGGAAGCCCAAGUCAAGGAUCCGAACUCACCUUACCGUUUCUGGGGCUCUGUGCUGGGUCUUCGAAAGAAAUACCUGGAUAUCUUCGUAUACGGUGACUGGGUAAGCGUCGAUUCCCCAAGUGAAGAGGUUUUCGCCUUUACUCGCCAGUAUGAGAGCCAGAAGGCUCUUGUUGUGUGUAACUGGACCCCGAAGACUAUUGAAUGGGAUGCUUCGAAUAAUGGAGUUUCCAACAUCAAGGAAGUCCUCUUGAGCAACUACGGCAGUGCGGCGGAUACCGCUCAGCGACUUGCGUCGGGCAAAUGGUCUCUGCGUCCGUUCGAGGCUGUUGUCGCGCUGAUCUAG